AUGCGUCUCUCCAUCUCCGCCGCCGUCGUCUGCGCGCUGUUCGCGCUGCAAGUCACGUGCGCCCACGGCUUCGCGUUGUCUCCUGAAGUUAUUGAAGCGUCGGGCUCCUUGCUUUCCCCUGAGGUCGACCGACGCUCGUUGGCUGCUACUGGAUGUGGCGACGGUUAUCUUUCUGGGUCCGUUUCAGACGCUCAAAACGUUGUUACCGUCCAUAAUUGCCUGUGGACGUCUACGUGUGAUAAGUGGACUUACGAAGUGACGCUGAGUAUUACAGCAGGUGAUUAUGUCCAAAUUCUUGUCGCCACAGGCGACACUUGCGCCGCCGCCGACGACGGCAACAUCGGCGGGGACAUAACUCGCGCGACUGAAGUCCUAGGUUCGGCAACUGGAAAUGUCGAGGUGUCCGGUACAUUAUCGUCUACGUCCACGAGAACUUGCAACUGGAUACUAUGCCUGUCUGCUUCAGGUUGUGUCUACACCGCCAAGGUUCAGUUGACGUGUACGACAGAAACCACCACCUUGGACGCCGGCGUCAUCGCUGGAAUCGUCAUCGGUUGCAUCGUGGCCGUCGCCCUUAGCAUCGUGGCGUGCGCGUGGUGCUGCAAGUGCUGCUGCUUCAAACGGAAGGUGCAGCCCGCGCAACCGGGGGUCGUGAUGAUGCAACCCGCGUACGUGAUGCCGAAGUGA